AUUCUCGGCGCCCUCACCGCAGGCGGCGGUAUCACAGGCUACGUCCGCACCGGCUCCAUUCCGUCAGUCGCAGCGGGUGUUACGGUUGGAACAUUGUACAUCCUCGGCGGCCUCCGCAUCCGCAACCGCUCCCCUUACGGCGUCGAACUCGGCCUCCUCGCCUCCAUCAUCCUCGCCGGGUCCUCCAUUCCCCGCGCGCUCAAGACGCAGAAGCCGUUGCCGAUGGGCUUGAGUCUGCUGGCGGCGUAUGGGCUGUUUGCUUUUGGGACGGCGUGGUCGAGGGGGAGGACGAAUUGA